AUGACAUCAUCUGAUAAUUGGUACCCGUUCCCAUCGUGCUUCAAUGCGCAUCCUUACAUCCCUCAUGGCGAUUUUUGCGAGUUUGAACACGAGCAUUGUGCUGCGGUAUUGGCACCUUCGACUUCGACUACGACAACUGUUCGUUCGAAAACGGAGACAGUGGCGAGAACGACAACGACGACUACAGAAGCGUCUACCUCUACCACCACCUCUACCAGCACCACCAGCACCACCAACGGCCUCAUUACUACGUCGGAAAACGUUACUGAAUCAUCUGGUGUUGAUGGCGGCACGACUGCUGCUACUGACGACAGUGAUAAAAAACUGUUUCCAGUGUUGAAGCCGGACCAAGCGACAAUGCCCCCCGAGAUUCGACCCAAAAAGAAGAAAAAUGAAAAAAAAGAGCUGGAAAAAAAAUUUUCGUCGACCAGCAUUUUCUUCAUUAUUCUGGCGUCGAUUAUCGGAACGAUUUUGGCUUGUUGCGGAAUUGCGGCGGCUGUGUUGAAAUGCAAACACCAGCACGAAUCUUGCUGCUCAAUUUGGCGAUAUGUAUUCUUUACUCUGCGUGAAUGGAUUGGGGCGUUUUUCAACGCUCUCUUUGAUCUUUUGCGAUGCCGAAAUCCGAUUCAAGAAUACAGACGACGUCAAGAAUAUUUUGACAAUAUAAUCUACUCCGGUCCAAAUAAUCGUCUCCGUCGAAGCUCAUUUUUACGUCGAAGGCAGCAUUACGAGCGUCAACAUUUGCUACCUCCUCAUUUGGAAGCUGCCUUCCAGGCCCAACAAGCUUAUCACCAAGAAAUGCGAGAUAUGAAUUCCGCCGCUGCCGCUGCUCCUCCAAGACGCUCCUUUUUCCGACGGUUUUUUAAUCGUUUUACAAGUAGACAAAGAUCGAGGGAUAACGAGCAGUCGGCUGGUGAUAUUGUUAAUUUGGCUGGAAGGCGACGGCCAACUCCUUCUCAAACACAAAUCAAUCAAGCUAAUGAGCGAUAUGCUUGGUACAGAGGACGAAGCAACGGUCAGCAGCAGCAGCAGCAGCAGCAUGACGUGCCACCUUCUUAUAAUACGGCUGUUUUUGGCCGCAGAAACCAACCCUGUUCAAACGCAGCUGCUGCUGCUGCUGCCAAUGAUGUAAACAAUUCAACCUCUUCCCCCUCCAAUGCCUCUUCGUCCUCCUCCUCCUCCUCAAUUUCAUCUGGCGACGAGGGCGAAGAUGAAGCAAGCAGCUCUAGCAGCUCAGACGAGACGGGCGGCGGCGGCGGCGCAGACGAGUCAAAUGAUAAAACAAAAAUUUCGCCAGAUGUUUAUCACGAGAUGGCUCUCAAUUCUUUGGUAGAGGUGCUUUUGGCAAAAGUUACCUACAACACGGUGGAAUCUGUUUUUGAAGACUUGCUCAACUCAACCUGCAAAAAAACAACACUCGCCGAAUUAGAUAUUCUGCCAAAGGACGACAGCGACGAUGACUCCAAGAGUUACGAUUCAAUUGAGCCGCUCAGCUCGCCAGCGAUGAGUCCAAUUGUAAAAUUUCAGCACAAGACCGAUUACCAAACGCCUCGAGUUGAAACUCGCUACUCGAUUUAUGGCGGCGUCGGCGGUGGCGGCGAUCAACAACAGGACAAGUUCUUAUCAGCUAUCAUUUCCUCCACAACGAAAAAGGACAAUGUUAUUGUCUUUGACACGCCGAUUACUCAAGAGCAAGACAAACAAUUUGCUCAAUCACCAUUUCGAAUGGUUGAACUUGUCGCCCAACAUUGCGCCGACAAUUCCGAGCACAUGACGAUGAUUUCGGCAGCCACUUCACCACUGCCAUAUAGCAGCAGUGAUGAUGAUGAUGUCACCGCAACCGCUGCCGCCGAUGCAACUGUCUUUUUGUCUGCAUGUGACGAGACUCUGCACGCCGAAGCUGGUGAUGAUUCCGCCGGUGAUGAUGCCGCCGAAGCUGGUGAUGAUGCCGCCGGUGAUGAUGAAUCUGCAUGGAGUUGGAUGACAAAAACUCCGCCACCAAACACUCCGCCAGCUACACCACCGCCAACGCCCGCUACAGAUGACGAAUGCAAAAAGAAGAAGCAGCAGGAGCAACCAAAAGCUGGAGAUGAAGAAAAGGAGAAUCAGCAGCCAAAAGCUGAAGAUGAAGAAAAGGAGAAUCAGCAGCCCCAAGAAAAGGCCCCAAGCAAGAAGAAACCAAGAAAGAAACGAAUGGGGGCUGAUCAAUUGAUUGCAAAUCAAUUUGGAACAAGCACACCGAUUCUUGAACGCCGCGAACGAAGACGCAAGAUAAAAAAUAAUUAG